AAGAAGAAGAAGAAGAAGAAGAAGAAGAAGAACCAACUGGCGUUAGCAAUGGCGGUGAUGUGGCUGCAAAAAUAAACAAUCCAGGUUUCAAUUUGAUGCUGUAGCGAUUAUCGUCAUUAGUCUAAUGUCAUAGCUAGUCUGUCACAGAAAGGGAAUAUCUUUCUUUCAGUUUGUGUCAUUUGUAGGAGUCACAUCAGUGUGUUAUUGGGGAUACACAGUUAGCAGGAGCUGAACCAGCAGCCAUCAUCUCAUUGUUGAGCACUGUGUUAACGUUAAAUUCUUCGUACCCUGGCGUCGGUUUCCGACCACUAACAAUGCCGCUGGGUUUGAAACCAUGCUGUGCUGUCUGCAAGACGAACUCUUCGUCGAUGUGGAAGAAAGGAAACCAGGGAGAGAUCCUCUGCAACAACUGCACAGGCAAGAGCAGCAGCGGCGGAGCAUCAGGACCCUCCAUGUCCUCCAACACUCAGCCCAGCAAUGGCGGGGGAAAGCAGUCCAAGCAGGAGAUCCACAGGAGGUCUGCACGGCUCAGAAGCACCAAGUACAAAGCACCUGCCUCUGAGAAGAAGGUGUCAACAAAAGGAAAGGGGAGAAGACACAUAUUCAAACUCAAAAAUCCAAUCAAAGCACCAGAAUCUGUUGCAACAAUCAUCACGUCAGAAUCCGUAUUUUAUAAGGGUGUAUACUACCAGACAGGAGAUGUGAUCAAGGUAACAGAUGAGGAGGACGGGAAGCCGUACUACGCUCAGAUUCGAGGCUUUGUGCAGGACCAGUACUGUGAAAAGAGUGCUGCACUGACCUGGUUGAUCCCCACCAAGGCCAGCCCAAAGGACCAGUUUGAUCCUGGAACAUACAUUGUUGGUCCAGAGGAGGAUCUUCCCAGAAAGAUGGAGUACCUGGAGUUUGUGUGCCACGCCCCCUCUGAAUAUUUCAAGUCACGAAGCUCUCCGUUCCCCACCAUCCCCAUCCGACCAGAGAAAGGCUACAUCUGGACCCACAUAGGACCCACACCAGCCCUCACUGUCAAAGAGUCUGUCAGUGGCAGCAGUUAACAGAACUGUGACUUGGACUUAGUCUGUUGCUUUUAAACAGACGUAUGUACAUUUAUGUAAUAUAAUGAGAACAAAAAUGGUUGUUAACCACAGCCAUUACUUCAGAUUGAAGACGGGUUGUAAUUUGAUACAAAGAAAACCAUGUGUAACUACAUUUAAAACAAGUUGUUUACACAACUGCAACAUUGGAAUAUUACUUUUGUAUUUAGUAAUAAACAAAAAAGCUCUUUUCUACCA